AUGAUGCCCACCCCUGGCUGCUUGUUUUGCUACAACCCGCGCCAGGAAUCCCGCGCGCUAUUGCAUCACCAUUGGGGCAGCAACUUUACCUGGACAGGCGAACCGACAGGCGCCGCAUGUUUCGCUCACGUCGAUGAAGACACGAAAGUGAUUCGUGCGCUACAAGUGUCCAUCCAAGAUAAUCAAGAUCCGCUUAAAGUGAUGGCUACCCCAGACAGUUUGACUUUUCCUCGCGGUGAUCGCGUCGAAGAAGCUUCCAAGCUCAUGUACACUCGUCCAAUUGAGACUGACUAA